AUGAAGGCUAAUAGUGAUACUGUAGAAGAUUCAACAGUUGUUGAAAAGAUAUUAAGAAGCUUACCAGAGAAAUUUGAAUCAAAGGUGACUGCUAAAGAGGAAUGCAGCACAGUUGCAACCAUGACUCUUAAUGAGUUAUUGGGUUCUUUACAAGCCUAUGAACAAAGAUUGUUAGAGAAGACAUUUUCUGCAAAACAAGUUGAAGAAGCACUUCAAAGUCAAGUUAGCUGGAGAAGCAACCAAGGAAAACCUAAUGCUGGAAGGUUUCAAGGAAGAUAUAACAAUGGAGGAAGAUUUAAUACUGGAGAAGAAGAGGAAGAAGAAGAGCAGAAGGAUGAAAAUAUGUUAUUAGCAUAUCAUACAGCAGAAGAACAAUCCCAACUGAAGUGGUAUCUGGAUAUAGGUUUCAGCAAUCAUAUGUAUGGAAGAAAAGAUUUAUUUGACAGACUAGAUGAGUCUGUAAGAUCCACAGUGAAGUUUGGUAACAGUUUAACAAUUCCAGUUAUGGCAAAAGGAAGAAUUGGAAUUAUUCUUAAGAAUGGUUCAAAAGCAUAUUUCAUGGAUGUGUUAUAUGUACCAGGAUUACACCGAAACUUGCUGAGUAUGGGCCAAUUAUCUGAAAGAGGAUACUCUAUGAAUAUUUAUAAUGCAAAGAAGGAGAUGAUGUCAGGAUUACCUUUUAUUCAAAUUCCAGAAUCAAGAUGUGAAAACUGUAUCUUUGGCAAGCAGCAGAGAGAUCCAUUUCCAGUUAACAAAGCAAGAAGAACUGAACAACAGUUGGAGAUCAUUCAUAGUGAAUUGUGUGGUCCUAUAGAAGUUAUAUAA